GCGGCAGAGGACAGUUGUGUCACCUGACCAGGACCCUGGCGCGGCAAUGGCGGCGCCCAUACUGCGCUGGUGCUGUCCUGGAAGGCGUUGGGCUUUAGCCAGCAUUGACCGCGGUUCUCGCCACGGAAGAGGGGCUCCACCUGGGUCCUGGUUCUGCGGGAAAAGGGGACAGAGAUCAGUGGUUCAGAAGCUUCUCAGCGCGGCCCAGAAGCUGAGGAAAGGUGAACGCGAAUGGACAGCUGUGGUAGGUUUGGAAAUUCAUGCCCAGAUUUCCUCCAACUCUAAACUCUUCUCUGCAUCUAAAGUCCACUUUGCAGCACCUCCAAAUUCUUUGGUAUCUUUUUUUGAUGCAUCUCUGCCUGGAACUUUGCCGGUUCUCAACAGGAGGUGCGUAGAGGCGGCAGUGAUGACAGGCCUGGCACUGAACUGCCACAUAAACAAGAAGUCCUUGUUUGACAGGAAGCACUACUUCUAUGCAGACCUCCCUGCAGGCUACCAAAUUACCCAGCAAAGGCUCCCGAUCGCCGUGAAUGGGAGCUUGGUGUACAGCGUCUGUGCGGGGAAGAAGCAGAAUCAGGUGAUCAGCAAGACGGUGAGGAUCAAGCAGAUCCAACUGGAACAAGACAGUGGCAAGACCCUCCACGAUGACCUGCGGUCUCAGACACUCAUUGACUUGAACAGGGCAGGGGUUGGCCUUCUGGAAGUGGUCCUGGAGCCGGACAUGUCCUGUGGAGAAGAGGCAGCAACAGCAGUCAGGGAGCUGCAGCUGAUACUUCAAGCCCUGGGGACCAGCCAGGCAAAUAUGGCAGAGGGCCAGUUGAGAGUGGAUGCUAAUAUAUCUGUGCAUCACCCUGGGGAGCCUUUGGGCGUUCGGACUGAAGUAAAGAAUCUCAACAGCGCCAGGUUCUUGGCCAAAGCCAUAGACUAUGAAAUUCAGAGGCAAAUCAAUGAACUUGAGAAUGGAGGUGAAAUUCUGAAUGAAACUCGCUCAUUCGAUUACAAGCUGGGGUGCACCGUGCCAAUGAGAGACAAAGAAGGAAAACAAGACUACAGGUUUAUUCCUGAACCCAACCUUCCGCCUCUGGUACUCUACGACUCAGCGUCUCUGCCUGCCAACGCAGACCCACAGCAAGUGAUCAAUAUCGACCAGAUUCGAGAGCAGCUCCCUGAGCUCCCCAGCGUGACCCGGGAGAAGCUCGUUCAACAGUACGGGAUGCUGCCGGAACACAGCCUCACCUUGCUGAAUGAAGUUGGCCUACUGGAGUUCUUCCAAAAUGUGAUAAAAGAAACUAGGGCAGAGCCCAAAAAAGUGACUAGUUGGGUCCUCAACACUUUUCUGGGUUUUUUAAAGCAACAGAAUCUUGCCGUCAGUGAGAGUCCUGUCACACCUUCUGCACUGGCUGAGCUUCUCAACCUACUGGACAGGAAAGCAAUUUCUUCAGCAGCAGCUAAACAGGUGUUUGAGGAACUGUGGAGGAAUGAAGGGAAGACUCCAGCGCAGAUUGUGUCAGAAAAGCAGCUUGAACUAAUGCAGGAUCAAGAGGCACUGGAACAGCUCUGCCACGCCAUGAUGGAGGAACAUCCUCAAGUGGUGAUGGAUAUGAAGAAAGGAAACCCCAGAGCUAUAAAUAAACUGAUUGGGUUGGUCCGGAAAGCGACUGUCAACCGAGCAGAUCCGACUGUGAUAAAGGAGAUACUGGAGAAGCAGCUGUCAUCACGCAGUGUUUCAGGUCCCUCUGACGGACACAGAAGUGGAGCCUGUGAAACCUGACGGCCUGAGCUCGACACGCCGGCCUCUCCCCAUCCCCAGGCCAAGCCAGAUGGCCACCCCUGACCCCGUGCCCUGGGUGCUACCUCCACAAGACCAGCAGCCUCACCUCUGUUUGUGUCACUGAUGCCAAAAUGGCUCCAGCAUCGCUGCAGCAGUGUUCAGAAACAGCACAUUCCAGUGCUGAAUAAUUCUAAACGAAAUGGAGCAUACUGUUUCAAAUGCUGUUAACCUUUCUAAGAAAGCUUCAUUCUAAAGACGUCCUAAGAGCAGCCAUUGUUUUAGGUGCUGGGGACUAGCAGUAAUCAAGACAGACCAGAAUUUAAGUGCAGUAUUUUAGACCUAAAAAUUGGUUAAUAAAGAGGUAAGCACAACAAAAUUCAUUCAUUGACACGGCAUAAAUGUGCGUUUGUCUGGAGAGGUCCACGAGGACGGGGCGGGGGACAUUAGUCUUAGUAUUAGGUACUAGUACAAGUCACCCAUCCACUGAGUAUGACAUUGCCUGUUCUCCUCAGGGAUCCCAGAAGGCGGAGGUCUAAGAAUAAAUAUUUUUAAUAAAAUAGACAAGAGAAAUUUUCAAAUAAAUUUAAUGAAUAAAAUAUAUACUGAAAUAUCACAUAAAAAAUUAACUUACACUUCAAAGAUUGUGUAGUUGACAACUCCCCCCCCACCCUCAGGCCAAAAAAAAAAAAAAAGGAUAAAAAGAA